UUCCCACUUCUGAGUUUGCGUUUCAUCAACCAAAACACCAUAUAUUUUCUAUUUCUAUUCUCUUUUCUCUGCCUUUUUUUUCUUUCUAUCGAUCUUUGAUCUCAGAAAAUUAAACAAAAAUGAGAGAAAGAAUGGAAAGACUUGUUCUUCUUCCAUUUUCUGUUGGUUGUGUCUCUGAAUCAAGCGUGGCUGUUGGUGCACAUCAACCAAGAAGAUCAUCUUCAUCCAAGAAUUUUUCUACUACAAACCCUCCUCAUCCCAUAAGGCCUAAAGAAAUGGAUAAAGAAUAUGAUGAGGAUGAUGAUGAUGAUGAGAGCUUAUCAGGAGAAAGCACAAAGAACUCGUUUAGGUCUCUAAAGCCAAACAUAUCAACUGGAAUCAAUAGGCUCUUCAAGGGUUUCAAGAACAUCUCUCAAAUUUUUGUUUACAAAGAAGAAAUGGAAGAACUAGAAAUGGAUAUGGAAAUAGGAGGACCAACGGACGUAAAGCAUGUGACACACAUAGGUUGGGACGGUUCUACAACACAUAACGACGCCGUUAAGGGUUGGGAGAAUCUCAUUCCUCCUGAUUUGCUCUCUCAUGAUGUUCCUUGGAGAUCAUCCUUUGAGUUCCCGGCCAUGGUGGCUACACAGUCUGAUCAUCAUAAUAAUAAUAAUCAGCCACCUCUUGUUAAGCAAGAAUAUUAGUCACCAUGAUCCACAUCAUUAUAUUUAAAUUGUAUCUAAGCUCAGGACUAUAUAUGCUUAAGUCAUCUUCAGUUCAAAGUUCUCUCUUUUUUGUGUACUCUUUUUUGUGGUGAAUAUGUUUGAACCUUUACAUACAUAUACAUAUAUAUAUAUAUAUAUGUUAUAUGUAUGUUGUGAAUUGUCAUAUGUGAUUAUUAUUGUGGUUAUAUGUAAUUAUAUAAAUCUGUAGAUUACAUAACCUUUCUAUGUAUACAUAGACAUGUCAUUUCAAUAAGUACUUAUUAGUAUUUUUUUACUACUAAUUAUUAAGUAAGUUCAAAUGUACUCUUUUUCAAUGUUACUUUGUUUAAAGGUAUUCAUUUAGUAUUGAGAAUUUUCGACAAGAGGUUAAAUAUUGAGUAAAAACAUUUAUAAUUUAUACAUAUACAAAGAUAUAAUAGAAAGAAUAAUACAAACUUGAAGUGCAUUAAUUUAAAAGUAGUGGCAAAGUGGUCAAAGUCAAAUAUACAAAUGUUUUUCCAUUUCCUUCAUAAAAGCAUUAAUACAUGAUAUAAAGUGAAUUCUCAAAGAACUACAAUGGAGAGUCUCUAUUUGAAGUAGUAGGGAAGA